AUGACUGCAAGCGUACAAACACAUUCAUCUGUCGAAGAUGAGAAGAUUAUGAAAGAUACCGACUCAACGUUUAUAAUCGGAACGGAUCCCUCUUAUAAACAUGAAGUGGUAUGGAGAAACGCCAUCGGUUUUUUGAUUUUGCACUUACUUGCCUUGUGGGGAACUAUUAUAAUGUUCACCGGUGGUGUACAUCUCAAAACUUUUAUAUGGACUUGGAUUAUGUUAUAUUUAACCAGUGAAGGAGUCACUAUUGGAGCUCACAGAUUCUAUACGCAUAGAUGUUUUAAAGGCUCUCCUCUACUGAGAGCUAUUCUGAUCUUUCUACAGACAGGUGCUGGGCAGAACUCGAUGUUCAUAUGGUGCCGCGACCACAGACUUCAUCACCGCUACUCCGACACUGACGCCGACCCUCACAACGCGAAAAGAGGCUUCUUCUUUUGCCACAUCGGUUGGUUGAUGACCAAGAAACAUCCUUACGUCAUCGAGCUCGGAAAGAAGAUUGACAUGUCUGAUCUACAAGCAGAUUGGAUGGUCAUGUUUCAGAAGAAGUACUACUAUUACUUGUAUUUCUUGAUCGCGAUUUUCCUGCCUGUUUGGCCGGCAGUGCAAUAUUUCGGAGAGCCCUGGUGGAAAGCGCUCCUCGUUGUUUACUUUGCCCGUUACGCACUGCAACUCAAUGGGACCUGGCUAGUCAAUAGCGCGGCACAUUUAUACGGAACUAGACCUUAUGACAAAAAUCUGCAGCCGGUGGAAUCCUGGUUUGUUUCCUGCAUAAGCUUAGGAGAAGGCUGGCAUAAUUACCACCAUGCAUUCCCUUGGGACUAUAAGGCCGCCGAGCUAUCGACUCAUUUCAACGCAUCCGCACAAAUCAUCGAGUUCUUUGAAAAGAUUGGACUCGCAUACGACUUGAAAACAGCUUCUCCUGAUAUGGUGAAGAAUAGAAUCAAGAGAACAGGGGAUGGAAGUCACAUCAAUCUUGGCAACGACGAAGCGAGGGCUGCAGUCAAGGCAGUAGGUCCUUUGCACCCUCUGAACCCUACUUACACAGCGACUUACAAAGACCCAGUAGCAACCCUCAAGUUGCAAGGACUCCCCCUUUACCAUGAAAAAGAUAUCUUUGAUCUCAAUAGUAAUAAUGUAACAGUCACAAGAAAUUUUGGCGCUAUUUAA